AUGAAUCAUUCAUCUCGUUCUAAUGAACCACAUCCUCAUGGAUAUGUUCCAUUUCAGUUAGAACUUGGUAAUGGUCUAUUACAUAGUGUUAAUUAUAAAAAACCUCAUCAACAAGACAAAAAUGAUCAUCAUUCAAAAUCUAUUGAAGUUACACGUAAUAUCAAUACUGGAAUUAUUUAUUUAUCAUUACCAGAACCACGAUUACAACUUGUCAAACAUGAACAACUACUUGGUUUUAAACAUCAAAUAGAACAAGAUUUUUCUAUACGUUUUCGAUGUAUGAAUGACAAUGAAUUAAAUCAAAUGUUUUCUAAUAUUAAUGAAAAUGAUACUAAUCGAUAUAAAAAUAGUUAUCAUUAUUUAUAUCAAUGUGUACUUGAAUCAACAUUAAAAUGUAUUGAUAUAAAUGAAGAAAUAUCACAAAUAAAACAUUUAAUAACAUAUAAAAAUGAACUGUUACCUAUAUUAGUACAUAAUCAUAAAUUAGCAAAGCAAGAAAAAAAUUUUUUAUAUAAUAUUGUAACAAAAACAUGGAAAAAAUUUGAUGAACGUAUACAAAAUGAAAUAAAUGUAGAAUAUCAACUUGAACAAUUAAAAGAAGAACAUCAAAAUUUAACAAAUAUGAAAAUAAAACAAGAACAAUGUCAAACAUUUUAUUUUAAAUUACAUAAUAUUAAUAAUGAUGUAACACAUUUAAAACGAGAAAUUCAACAAUUAUCCGGUUAUAAACCUGUGUAUCAAAUUUUGAAUAUAAUACAACUUUCUUCAUUAGUAAGUUGUUUUAAAAUUUCGUCAUGUCUAGGUCAAUUACAAGAUGAAAUACAUGAAAUAAAAACUCGUUGUUCUCAUAAUAUGAUUCAACUUGAUUUUCUUAAAUCAAACAUUGUUCGAACUCAUACAAUUGAAUUAAAUAAUCUUCAAGUAGAACGUGAUUCAUUAAUAACUCAAACUGAAUUAAUAAAAUAUAAUUUAUUCGAACAAAUUCAACAAUAUGAUAAUAUUGUUGAAAGUUAUCGUGCAAGUUUAAGUAGUUUUCGUUUAACAUUAAUUGAACUUGAACAACAAUUAAAAGAGCAAACAGAUAACGAAUUACUUCAUUUGCAAAUAUCAAAUUUGUUUGAACAUCAAACAAUUGAUGAUGAUGUUAAUAGAUUAAUAUCAAUAUUAGAAAAUAAAAUUGAUGAAAAAAAAAUAAUAAAUAUUCAAUUACAAAAGACUGUUAAUGAUUUUCAAGAAAGUAUCAUUAAACAAAAACAACUAUUGAUAAAAAAAGAAAAUGAUUAUAAAACAAUGGAUCAUAUGGAUCAACAACUUAGUGACAAUAUCAGUACUGAACGUCGAACAAUUGAACGUCAACUAGCAUUAAAAUUAAAACAAUAUUCAAAUGAUGAUCAUCUUUAUCGUACAUUAAUUCAAAAUCAUGAUUCGUUAUUAACUCGAAAAAAAUUAGAACAAAUACGUAUGAAUACAUUGAACGAACGUCUUUAUCCGUUAAUUAAUGAAAAUGAUCAAUUAAAAAAUCAUCUUGAACAUAUUUAUCAUCAAUCUACAGAAAUAAAUCCCAAUAAUUUACUUGAGUUGCGACAAAAAAUUUUUCGUCUUAGGCAAAUUCAUCAAACAUUUAUGCAACAUAAACUUAUUCAUGAAUAUACAAAAAAUAAUUAUCAAAAAAUUAAUGAACAAUUACAUAUAAAAGCUAGUCAAAUUACUAAUAGGAUAAAUAAUAUUUUAAAAAGAAUUAAACAAAAUAAAAUAGAUUUUAAAGAUAAUUAUGAACACAUUCAAAUACUUGAAAAUAAACUUAGCAAAGAACAAGAUCAUUAUCUUCAAUCUAAAUAUUUAUUAACAGAAAUAAAAAAUCAUUCAGAAUCAUAUCGAACUAAACAACACUUAAUACAAAUGCAAAUACAAGUAACAUCGAAUAAUAUUAAACAUUCUCAAUAUCGUUCAAAAUUUUUCACUGAACAAUUAGUCAUUUAUCAUAAAGAUUUUGUUGAACAACAAAAAUCUCUUAAUAAACUACGUGAAUUUCAUUCUGUACUUAAAGAACAAGAUGAAAUUAAUCUAAAAAAACUUUCAAAUAUUUACAUUCAAUUUGUUAGUCAUCAAAAUGAAUAUAACAUUUCAGAAAAAUCUCUUAAACAAACAAAUGAAGUUUUAAUAAAAUACACAAAAGUUCGAUCAAUCUUAGGUCGUAUGGUUGUACGACGUAUAAAUUUAUGUCAAUUAUUAUAUAAAAAACUAGCUCGAUUUGAUGAAUAUAUUCAUCAACGAGAACAAAAUAUUCAAAUUAUUUCUAAAUGUAUUAAAUCAUUAAGAAUUCAAAUUCGUCAAAAUCGUGAUCAAAAUAGAAAAUUCAUUGAAAGAAAAGAUAAAUUUCAACUUCAGGCUCAUAUUGAUAAAAUGCUUGAUCGUGCGCAUGAAAAACAAAAAUUACUUACGAAGCAAAUAUUUCGACAACGUUUUUAUAAAAAACAUUCAUUUAAUUCUUUACCAUCAGAAGAAAUAACUUAUUUAAAAAACAAACUUUAUAUAAUAAAAAAUCGUUUAAUAAAAAUAAUUUGUCGUGGAAUUAUUUGUAAUUUAGUUCUUAUAUCGAUUCAACAAGAAUUUUCAAAUCAUUUAGAAUAUUAUACGUCAAAAACUCGUAGAGAAAACUAUAUAAAUUUAAAUUUGAUACGAACAAAUCUUUAUCAAUUAAUGUGUCAAUUAAAAGCAAAAACUGCUGAAAAUAAUAUGCUCAUUGAUUAUCGAUGUUAUUUUAAAGUAAUUCAUACAGAUACUAUUCAACAACUUUUACAAUGGAAAAAUUUCAAUUCAACAGAUGAUAUUUAA